AUGACUGGGAUUUUGUACUAUCAAUUCAAGGACUUCAAGUUCCACGACGGUACGGUCCUCCCCACCGUCCGGCUGGCAUACCGCGAAUUUAACCCAACAGCGCAAAAGACUGCUUUGAUUCCUACGUGUUUCCGAGGAAGAAUUGAUACUACAACCAACUUCACCGAUGGAGCCCUUCGCGACCACCGGGUCAUCGUGGUGGCCCUUUUGGGUAACGGGGAAUCCUCCAGUCCAUCCAACACGGCCAAUUUCCCGCGGACUCUGGAGUACAGCGACUGCGUGCGGGCACAAUAUCAGUUGAUCACAGAGCAUCUCCAUAUCCCGUGCUUGGACGUCGUUGUCGGCUUCUCCAUGGGCGGCCAAUGUACCUACCACUGGACGGCGAUGUACCCCGAGAUGGUUCGCAACGCGGUCAUCAUCUGCUCAUCGGCCAAAACGAGUCUACACAACUACCAGUUUCUGGAAGGGCCGAAGGCAGCCCUGGUUAAUUCGAUUGAUUACGAGGACGGUGGUUUUCGGACAAAGGACGUAACGCCACUGCGAGGUCUGCACGCGUUUGGACGCGCCUAUUCCGCAUGGCUGACCAGCGCGCCAUGGUUCGAAGGGCGUCUGUUCGAGAAACUGGGCUAUCGGGGCCUUGACGAGUGGACUGAGGGUGCAAUGGAGGGGUACAACGACUGGGAUCCCGAUGAUCUCCUGGUUAUGCUUGGGAUGUGGCAGCGGUCGGACAUUGCUGCAUCGGUAGAUUCUGGGACGGAGAAGCGUUCUCUGACCGGCAUUCUAGGAAGCCUCACGGCUCGCAUCCUCCUCAUGCCGUGCCUGACAGAUCAGUACUUUACCUGGGAGGCUAGCCAGAGGGAAGCAUCGUAUCUCAAGGACGCGCAACUGGCGGUGAUUCCAUCGGUUUGGGGUCAUGUAGCCGGGGGAGGAAUGAACCCUGAGGAUCACGAAUGGGUGGACCUUCGAAUUGCCAGUUUUCUGUCCUCUGAGGGACAUCAUUGA